GGAAUUGGUUGGGUUCUACCACCACAAUUCCACAAUCACAAAGACACACCACACCACAAUCAAAUACAACUGCAAUGUUCCGCACCGCAACCCGGCGCGCUGCCAGCGCCACCAGCAGCGCCCUCCGCAACACCCAGCAACAGCAACAUCAACAUCAACACAUCCCCCUCCGGCCCUCGCAUCUCAAACCCACCAGCACCCCUCUCCAAACCCAACGUCGCGCCCUCACCUACUUCCAACGCCUUCGACGCGGCUACGACGCCUCCAAGAAAGACAUCUGGCGGCGCAACCCGAUCCUCCUCCCCUUCGCCAUCCUGUCCGUGAUUACCGGGGCCGGCAUCUUCGGCUUCGUCAACUACAUCGAGCUGACGCAGAACGUGCCGCAGUACAGCCGGUACCCGGACGUGGUGUCGGAGCGGCUGCGCACCGCGGUGUAUUACACGGAGAUCGACCUGAACCCGAUUAAGGCGGCCCAGGCGUACCAGGAGGCGUUGAAGUUGGCGCUGGAGAAUAACAUGCAUCCGUACUGCGAGGAGGUCAUUGGGAUCCGUCUGCAGACGGCGAUGAUGCUCGAGAAGGCCGGGCUGGUGAAGGCGUCGGUGCAGAUUCUGGAGGGGUUGUUGGCGGGUACGACAGGUUAUGUGAGGAGUCAGAGGGCGGCGUGGGGUAGUCUGGAGAAGGAGAUGGCGGUUAGGGAGGAGGUGAAGAGGAUUCAGGAGGAGGAGCAGCAGCAGCAGAAGAAGGAGGAUGGACCGUGGGUCGUGAAGGCUAAGGGGGAGGAAUUUGAGGACGUGAAGGGUCGGGAUAGGACCGUGGAUCAGCAGGAGGUGACGGUGGUCCUUGAGAGUGACCCCCUGGCGGUGCGACGCCUGGAUACGGCCCUGCGCAAGAUGGUGGGCAUCUGCAUGAAACUGGCGGCUCUGUAUGCGAGCGACUACAUGCAGGAGGAAGAUAAGGCGCAGGAUCGACAGGAGCUGGCGGUGGAAAUAUCCCUGACCGAGAUGAACCGUCGAAUGAAGAUGGGGCUGCCGGUCGGCGGCCUCAGCGGCGGCGAAGACAACUGGUUGAGUCUGGCGGACAUCGCCACCGCGCUGACCGAGCUGGCCGGCUUGCAUGUCGGCGAGUGGCAUUUCAAGCUGGCGCAGCCGUUAUACCUGCGUGCCCUGGACCUGGUGUGCGCCGCAGAGGGCGACGAGACCUUCUCCCCCAAGCGCAUCACCCUCCUCAGCAACAUCGCCACUUGCGCGGCCGAGCACGCGAUGGGCGAAAAAACGGACGGUUUGUUCGAUGCGGCGCGCAAGUGGGCACGGAUGGCCCUCGAUGCGAAAGCCAAGGUAACGUAUAGUGAUGAGCCAGAGUUACGACUGCAGCAGGAGGAAGAAUGCCAGUUCUCCUGUUGUUCGUCGUUCAUGACAUUGGGGGAGCUGAGUUGGUUCCAGCAGAAGUAUGAGGAUGCUACAGCGGCUUACACAAAAGCCAAGGAGAUAGCUGACGGCUUAGGCGACAAGGAGCUGCAGAAAAAACUCAAGCAGACCUUGGAAGAUGUUCGACGAGAAGAAGAGAGAAAGACUCAGGAAGCCAAGGAGAAAGAUGCCAGGGAAGGCAAAAAAGAGUGAAUUUGACGAUAUGGAUGUAUAGAUAGAGACAGCAGUGUAUAUAUAUAGUUACCACAGGGACGAUGAUGAAUCAAAGAAAGGAAAACUACGACUUCAAAAAAGAGCAUGAGCACGGGCCGAAAGAAUUG